UUUUCAGUCAUUGCCUAUAUCACUCCGCGGAAUGACUUAAAGAUCUCGCGAGCUUAGAUGUCCUACAUAUGCUUGAGUGAUAUUUGUACUCUAAUGUCGAACUCACGUUCUUUAAUGGUGUAGAGUGCGCAUGUUAAUUAGCUUAGUCUUUAUAUCAAGUAACCUGCGCCGUAUUUAUUCUUAUUGCAGCCCGUGGUCAGUCAGUCGUUAGGUUAUUGGUUUUAUGUUUUGGGGCUGGUAUGUCCCCCUUCUGCUGCGGCAGUAGUUCAUGACGAAGUUGCCUGCUGGUUAUAUUAGAACCUUUCCUUCCACAGAUGUAAAUCGGUGAACUAAAACGGGGGUACUAGAUGUACCUUUUAUGGGCAGCCUUUAUACUUAAUUCUCUUGCGGUCCUUUUCUUUUGGACUCCACCACUCACAAAAGUUUGAGUUUUGCAGCGCCCCCCCUUUUCUGGGUUAUGUUGGUAUGUUCCUGAGAAAGAACUUGGAUUGGAGGGUUGCUAGGAGACGGCUUCAGGGCCCAGUUUGCAUGGUCGCAGUAGUAAGUGAGAUGUGAGGGAAGGAACCAUUAGUUAUUUCCUGCUCCCCGUGGCGAUUUUAUAACGUCAUUCAGACUUUUAAAAGCCCCCAAAAGGAGAGGAGACCUAAAUAUUCCUUGUGGAGAUCGGAGAAGAUUCUGUCCAGAGGAGCUCACAGGACCAUCUUCAGCUGCUUCGGUAAUCUUCGGGUCUUCUUCUGGCACCUAGGCAAUUUCCGUGCCUUUCGGUGCUCAUGCAGUUGUUGCGAAACAGAAAAUUGCUCCAGCUGUGCAUGUGCCGUUACAGAACUUACUUCACAAAGAUAACUGAAGAGAAGAAGAUGGCUGCCUUGAACUCCGCUGGACAGAAUCUGCACCGAGGGAUGUCGUUUUGUCUGACUGAGCUGUACCUGUGGUCUCUAAAGAAUAACUUGCACAUUGGAGAUGAAGAUGUUGGUGUACAUCAGUAUCAUGAAAAGAAAGAAGCAGCACUGCACCCAGACUAUGGAUUCCUUGAAGAGAAACAGCAGUGGAUGGAAUCACGGGGUUUCCCUUGGAUCUUAAAGAACAAGCGCCCAGAAAAGCUCAGAGACAAUCUCACAGAGCUAGAGGAGUUGAUGCAGAGCAGUGAGUGCGUGCUGAGCAAAUGGAAGAACAAAUAUGUCUGUCAGCUCCUGUUUGGUUCAGGUGUGCUCGUGUCCAUAAGCCUUUCAGGGCCACAGCUGGAGAAAGUGGUGAUUGACAGGAGCCUAGUGGGGAAGCUCAUUUCCAACCCCAUCAGUGAUGCUAUAUUUACAGACAGUUUCAUCAUCUUGUCAUUUCUCAAAGAAAACAAACUUUGUCUCAUUCAGUUUACAAAGAAGAUAAAUUCUCCAGAUAUAAACCGACAACUUGACAAACUUUCACUGUUGGAUUUAAAGAUUUCAUAUACUGAUAUUCCAGGACCAAAAGGAAGACACCUUGUCCGCCAUCUUGCAAUAAAUAGCAUGCAAGACCUUGCACUAUGUUGGUGGCCCGUGCCAGUCGAUGACGUCAAACCUUGGUCUCCAGUCUCAAGUGAGAAGGACAGAGCCAACUUAGUCCUGUUAAGCAAUUCUUCUUGCAAACUUGAGGUUUUAAGCUAUAUCCGGACUGAGGGAGACCUGCUUAAUGCUUGCUUUAGCAUUAAUCAACCUUAUCAAAUCUGUACAGUGGAGCACUCCUUAAACUCAAACAAAGAACCUAUGGCUGACAGGUUCAUCUAUGAGUGCGUUAGAAACAAGAUCCAGUGUGUCUCAGUCACAAGAGUUCCUUUACGAUCCAGAGUGAUAAGCUGCGCUGUGAAUACUUCUGAAGACAAACUAGUUCUCGGAUGUGAAGAUUCUUCAUUAAUUCUAUAUGAGUCAGAUUGCAAAGUGACUCUCCUUGCCCAAGCAGACUUGCUGCCUGAUUUAAUAAGAUGGCACCCAAAUGGCACCAUUUUUGUGGUUGCCAGCAGCCAAGGAGAAUUGCAGAUUUUUGAUAUGGCACUUUCACCAAUUAGAGCCCAGAUUCUUGCAGAAGAAAUUGAACCUAAUUCAACCAUACAAGUCUGUAAACAAUUUAAUGUGUCCAGCACGCUUGUUGAGAUGCACUGGGCUGCUCCCCAUACCUUGUUACAAAACAUGGAUAUGACAGAUAUCUAUAAUCUUCUUUAUCUAAGGUUCGAUGGCGGCCCUAUUGGAGUUCUGCAGUUAAAAUUAGGUGCCAUUUGUAGAGGACAGCUUGGCGCAAUGGAGAUUAUUUCUCAGUACAUUCGCCAUGACGAAGUAGAUGAAGCUGUUGGCUUAUUGAGCAGCAUGAACUGGAAUACUAUGGGACAUCAGUGUUUCACAUCAAUGACUGCCAUUGUGAAUCACCUUCUAAGGCAAAGGCUUACACCAGACAGAGAAGCUCAGCUAGAAGCAAGCCUUGGAACUUUCUAUUCCCCAACAAGACCGCUUCUGGAUACCAUAGUACUGCAAUACAGAGAUCCAAUAAGUCGAUAUGCAAGGAGGUUCUUUCACCAUUUGCUAAGGUACCAAAGAUUUGAAAAGGCUUUCCUGCUUGCUGUAGAUAUUGGUGCACGUGACCUAUUCAUGGACAUCCAUUACCUUGCACUAGAUAAGGGUGAAUUGGCACUGGCAAAAGUCGCAAGGAAGAAGGCUGAGGAAAUAGAUGCAGAAUCAAUAAACUCGGGAGUGGAGCCUUUGCUCCCGACAGACACUUUGGCAGAUGUGAAUGAAGCAUUUGUUGACCUUUCACUGAUACCCCAGGUAGAAGAUCGGAUUCUGGGGUCUUUUCCCUCCACAGACCUAGGAGCUCAUAAUUCAAUACAGAGGAACGCAAACAGACAAUUAGUUCACAUAGAGAACGAAAUUGGAAUUGAAGUCUACGCCGAAUCUCUGGAUAAAUCACUACCUUGGAAUCAGGAAUGUUUUGAAGAGGAUUUUGCUGAAGAGAAUCCUGAAGGAAUCGGUUCCUUGAAAGUGGUGCAUUUUGGCUUAGUGUAAGUCUAUAUGCCUGAUACUCUAAGAGCAAGAUGAUCUAGAACUUGAAGUUCACAAAAGAGCAUUUGGAAGAGAAGUCUUGGAAUUGCAAUUUGUGGACAGAUGUUAAAAUAUUGAUUUCAUCAGAUGUUCAUGAAUGUGUAACUUUUUUCCUUAAGGAAACGUAUGAGAAAAAGUGAUUUUAUAUGCAUAUAGUUAUUAUUUUUAUGCUUAACUGUCCCUUUAGCUAAAGCAUUAGGAAUGUCCCUAAGUAAAUCCAGGGGAAAGCUAUGAUCCAUGGUUAAUAUUACCUGAUAAAGCCACUGUAGUCUGGGUGGAUCAAAAAUUUAGAGAGGAGACCUCAGAGACUUAAAGGAGAAUUCAACCCUAAAGCUAAAAAACCCCCUACCCUACCAUGACCCCCUCCCCCAAGCCUACGUGUUACCCUGGGCAAAUGCCCCUAACGUUUUACUUACCCCAUCGGUG